AUGUCGUGUAAACUGUCCGCAUUCAAAGCAAGCUUCAUAUAUAUCAAUGAAUCAAAGAAACGUCUUCAAGACAAGGAAAGGGAAAAUGAGAUUCUCUUGGAUACUCCACGUAAAUUUAAGUCAGGAGAUGUAAAGGACAAAUGGGAGGAAUCAAAGCUGAGAGCCUCGAGGUCCAAUAACUAUCGCCUGGAAGGAAUUAAAAAGAACUUGGACAACAAGUGUGAAGAAUUGGAAUAUAGGAAAGCAAAAAAAGAGGCUAAGUUCAGAAUGCUGAAGAUGAAAGUAGACAAUCUUUAUGAAAUCUAUGGACAAAGAAAGAUUGCAGCAGAAGAGAAGGUGAGAAUAAAAAAACUUCAGCAGGCACAAAGGGAGAGACAGCUGUCACUGGCAGAGCAAAACAUGAAACUGGCUGCAGAAGAAAUAGAGACCUACAAGAAACAAAUCGAAAGCAUGAAAGAACAGCAGCAGGAAGCAGAGCUCAACUAUAAAUACCAGAUCGCCACUAGCGAAAUGGCAGCUCAAUACUGCUGGCUCAAGACUCAGGCUUUCAGGAGGGAGAAGGCGGAGCAGGCCAGGGAGACCGCCCACUUGAGGCACCGAUUGGAAAUAAUACAAUAUCAGAUAGAGCAAGAGGCAUAUGGGAAUGAGACGCAUACACGAAGCACACUGGACGUGGAGAAGCCUCCGUGCACAGCCGAUUUGGGACCUCAAUCUGUGCCCAGGGGGACCAGCAAUGGGAUCCCGUCUGGCAGUGCACAGAAGGUAAAGGUGAAGGUGGAUGCAAGAGGGCCCCCUCCUGUCCCAGGACUGACCGACAUGCCCAGGCCCAUGGCUGGCCCUUCAUCAGCCUUCAGGGACCAUGGGCCACUUCCUCGCCCCUUCUGCCCUCUGAGACCUCAGCCCUGAUCUCAACAGCCACCAUUCGGUAUGGCGACCUGACAGGGUGGACUGAGCGCGGCGUGCUCACCUUUUCUCUCGCUGAGGUAACAGAAAGCCGUGUCGCACAUGGUGCUGCGGGGCUGGGCAGCACAAGGUUAAAGCUGGCUGAGGACACGGGGCACACGCUGGGUGGCCUCUUCUCCCCAUCACGAGCUGGGCAGCAGGUGUCUCCUGUAGAUGAGGAAGGAGGUGUUUAUAGAAGCCAGAAAUUUCAGUUUUGCAGCUGGGCAGGCAGCCCCGGCCACAUGCCUGGCUCUGUGAGGAUGAGACCUGCCCCUGCCUGUGAGGGCGUCACGUGCCCCGUAGGAGAGACACAGGCCACCCAGGGCACACAGCUUGUGGUCACCCACAGUGGCAGCAGCAGGGAAGGUCCCGAGUGCAAACAAGGAGAGGGAAUCUCCAGGGAUGACCAGGAAGGGGAGGAAGGGGGAGCAGCCCCACGGGGUGCUGAGCUCAGGUAGGAGGGGCGGGACAGCUGUUCCCGGGCAGGGCCGCAGCCCGAGCAGGAGCCUGGGGGCCACGGGAGGAGCUCAGUGGCACCACGUGGCCUGGGGAUUAAGCCCUCAGAAGGUCCUUGCUGCCCUCAGAGUCCAUAAUCCACAGAAAAGAUGAUUGAUGCCUGCAUGUCUGAAGGUUCUGGAUCAGUGCUAAGAAUGCCCUGGGGUCUGGGAGAUGUAAUGUGGGUCUGUCAGACCUUUUCUACCUGAGUUUAUUGUGGCCCAAUGAGAAUGAACGUGAGGACAGAGGCCUUGGCCUUGACACCAGGGCAGACUCCGGCGGGAGCUGCAGGCCCAUCCUGAGCUGCCUCUCAGCUCGGCCCCAGCACCCCUGAUGCUACCCCUGAUGCUCAGCUUUGCUCUCUGGAAGUUUCCAUGCAAUACCCUCAGCCUUCCCUGUGCCCUGCUGCCUCAGGCCCUGACACCCACUCUCUGCGGGGCCUGCUCAGAGCCUGAGGUCUGCCACGUGUGAUCCGGGGACAGUGCUGGUGUCUAAGGACAUUGUGAGGACAAGGACACUGUUAGGGUGGAAAACUUCCUAGGUGCUCAUGCUGUGGGUGGGGAAAAAUUUCUCACAGAAAGAUUACGGUCGAAUAAAAGAAAAGUUUAUUUAACUUUUCCCCAUGGAAGAAGGGCCAACGCAGCAGUGAAGGAGGGAAGGCAUGUUGGCAUAGAACAUCAGCUGCUCAGGCUUUAUUUAGUGGUUGUAAAGGGGUGAAGAAGGUUUAUGACUGAAGCCAAAUUAACAGGGUCCAGCUGUGAAACCCAUUUCUUCUCGUUUUCUCAGCAGGAGGCUGAUAACAGAAGCAGCUGCCUUUGCCUUGGAGAGAGGCUUAUUGCCGGGGAUUGUGAUGUUGUCUGUUAUUUCACCCUUGCGAUACGGUUUUGGGCAGGAACUGAGGCCUGAGGCUUUCAUCCCCCCUCCCCACCCCUUACUGUCCAUUCAGGAACUCUUCAGGAGUCUAAAGGCCAUUCUCAAAAGCAGUUUCUGGAAAAUGUAAAAGAGAAAGAUUUACAUUUACUUUCUGUCUUCCCACCUGUUUUCAGAUGUUGUGAAAAGAGAACUCUAUGGGGUGCCUGUUAGAGAGAGAGCUCAAAUGAUUGACCUGAACCCUUACUGAGAAACUGGAUAAUUUUUUCUGUUAUUUCACUAGCAAGGCCAUCCUUUCAGAGACCAAGCACAUAAAGGACACAAUGGCUGGUCCAUGUUGGGCACUCAGCCCCUCACUGUUUAGGCAAAAAUAUUUCCACCGAGAAUAUCACCAAAAGAUGCUAAAUGUUAGUGGGUAGCAGCUCAGCACAGAGAUUUCCAUUUUCUUUUUCAGAGAUAAGGCAAAGUCCGCUUGUCUGCUGUUAAAAUUCAGAUCCUACCAGAUAAGGACAGGAAAGAUAGUUCUGGGACUGUGUACACAGGUAACCUCAGUGCUCUGUACCUGAGAUCUGAAGACAGCUGUUUCCGAUGACAUGCAGACACCCAAUGCGGCUGGGCACAGAAGUAUUCGUCAGUGGCACAGAUACAUUAUAGGACAUAAAAUGUAUCAAGGAACAAAUAAGAUGACAUGGAAAUAAACCGAAACCUGUUUGCCUUACAGGACAGCCGUUCUGAAAUUUGAAGACCCUGAGCCCAGAUACCAUCGGGCGUAUUGGAAAUGGUGUCAGACUUUCUUGUGCUCCCACUUUGUUCCCUGCCCGAUUCUCCCUCCUCCCCUCACAUCCUUCCCGGUGUUUCCCCUGAUAAACCUUUCCAGUCCCUUUGUCUGGCUCGGUGUCUGCUUCCCGGAGGACUCGCUGACCCCCACAGGGUGCACACGAGAGAUUCUUGCAUAAGCAGUGCGGGCAGACACGAAGGUGGUGCAGGCAGAAGCAGGGUCACCUGUGAGCUUGUCUGUACGGGGAGUGACAUGGGGGGUCUGCAGG